AUGGGGAACAACGGUGAGGCAAUGGAAGCGGCCAGCAUCGACCCUGAGAAUGAUCUGGUGUUGGAGUUCGAUUUCAAUGGCACAAGGAAAAUCGUAUGUUCCGCAUUGCUUUGCUUGGCCUCACCAGUGUUCCGUGGAAUGCUGAGAGCUGGCAUGAAGGAGGCACAACAAAAAUCCGUCAGAGUCGAGGUGGCGAUGCCGGAGGAUUUUGAGCUCUUUUACGGAUUGCUGCUCCCAGGAGAGUGGAACCUUGAUGCAGUGACCGAGAGCAAUGUGGAUGCACUGCUGGCAAUCAGCGACUACUACCAGGUUGGUUUCAUUAAGAAGGGAUGUGAGAAGCGCCUGCUCGAUCUGCCUGUAAGUAUGGACCGGCUCCUGCAGGCUCACCGGCACGGUCUAACGCAGCAGUGCGGGCGAUGCAUCAACUCCUUGGCUGCACAAUUCACGGAGAAAGACCUGGUGAAGAUCGGGGAAGCUGCUCCCGACCUCCUGCUCCUCGCAGCCCAAGCGGUCCGGAAGGAAGCACUGAGCAAGCAAAACCGCAUCGACCAACUCGAACCAGCGCUGAAAAGAGCCAGAAAUGCUUACGAAGGGAUCCGAGCUGCGGCUGCGAACUUCUCGGAAAUCACGAAGCAGGCACUGGAGCCCCAGGGAAGGCCGCCUGGGUUGCCCCGUCCGCCGCCAUCUUCUCUUCAUAUUCCCCAAGAGCAGGUUAACCAGCUGAAGGCGGCGGGAACAAAGCUAGAUGCGGAUCUGAGAAAGUGGGGCCAUAUCCUUGGCUAG